AGUUUUAUAAUGAGACCCUAUGUGAAAUGGAAUUAGUGUAAUAUAACCUCAAAACAAACCGUGAGUGAUAUUUAGUGAAAUAAAAAUAUCCUUUGCCUUGGAAGUCAUGUAGAAUAAUUGAUUGAUAAAAAGCCUCUUGUUGACUGGGAGGGGCACAGUGCACGUGCAAGCAUGACGGAGCUACAAGCCACCCUGGAGUUUUCUGUGGAACUCAACAAGUUCUACAAUGUAGACCUCUUCCAGCGCGGGUAUUAUCAGAUACGCACAGCCCUUCAAACACCACCGAAAGUACCAUCGAAGAUAGAAAUAACUCUUCAGAAAUCACAAGAUAUUGGUUAUAAUAAAGCGCGACCCUACUUCAAAGAUGAGGACAAUGAGAUCCCUGCUCACGUGAUCAGCGAAUGGGCUGUGAGUCGCACAUUCCAGAUCCUGUAUCGCAACGAGGAUGUUGCCAUCAAUGACGUCAUCUUGUACAGAUUCCAUACGCUUGUCAAUAGCACAAAGUUGCUUGAAGAGCUUUCCAAGCUGGAGAUUAUGCUCAAUGUGGAACUGUGGUUCUCCGAGGAACACUGCUCGGCGGAGACCAUACAAGGCAAGGUGGAGUGUGUGAGUCAGCGGACAUUGAACCUGCACUUCAGCCCCACCAAGGGGCUGCACCACCACGCGCCACUGCUCUUUGACUACUUUCACCUCUGCUGUGUGGAGAUCACCGUCCAUGGCACGCUGAUUGCCAUACACCAGCCUUUCCUAAGCGUACCAAAGCAGCCCCGCUCUGCGUGGUCAAGCCGCAAUCCAGAGCUGUCUACGCUGGAAACUGUGUAUUUUGGGGAUAGGCCAAUAUCUGCCGAUCCGGACCAGUGUUCACCGGUGAAUCUGCAUUCAGCCUGGUCAAUGCACCAUCAUAUAUGUAACCUACUGCUGUCAGCAUAUGAGAGUCUUCAAACCACCUUUGAGUUCUACCUCAAGGAUAUCUGCAGAUCUCAGUUCCAGCUUGAGCACAUCAACUGUCACCACAAGCUGGCACGUAUCAUGGACGGCAUCCAGGAGUUCGACAAUGAGGAGGAGCUGAUCCAGACGGGGACAAGGGACAUCACACAGCUGUGUGCAGCCAACGUGAUCCUCUGGACCCAGUUCCUGGAGACGGCCACCCUCGACCAGGGCAUCAUCUUUCAUCUGGCCAAGGAGCAUCACACCACACGAGUGAAGAGAAUGGCUGAAGGCUUUUUCACACAUGAGUACCAGAAAAAUGAAUGCCUGGCUUGUUACGAACCAAGUUUCCACGGACACACUGACCUGGCCGCCAUGGUGCGCAGUUCCAUGUACCUGCAGACGUUACCUCCUCUUGAUCUCGAGUGCCUGGACCUGGAUGGCGACUUCAACACGUUACCAGUCAUAUUCGAGGACAUCUACGAUGACCACCCUAUUGGGACAGACGCAACAGAUGGCAAGAGUUCAAGGUCCCAGUCGCUCUCUCCCAGUUUCGCUCAAAUGACUACGCCAGAUGCCCGCCAGAAGUCCAGGCGUAAAAAUAUCAUCAAGAACAUCCAACCACACACAUUCAAGCGUCCGUCCUCCUUCAAUCUCCAAGACGCAGAGAAUGCAAACGCUAAUGUAAAGAAAGACGUGACACUUGUGGGCUACAAGAAAACCUUUGCCUCUCCUAACGUCCAUAGUAAAGUGAUAGAGAAUUCGCUGGAGCUUGGAACAUUUAGCCCUUCAACUGCUAGCAGUAGUCCUUUGACUGCCAACAGCUCUGCCCCCAGACAGGGUCAGAUCAUGUCUAAUUCAGUGUCAUUGCCGUUGUUAGAACGGGACUGGAGUCGUGGUAGUGAAGGGACCUUACCCGAAUAUAUGCAGGUGGCGAGGCGGUCGUUACGUGCCAAGAAAAAGGACAAAGGUAAAAAGUCCAUUAUAACUGUCGAUUUUGGCGGCUCAGAUUCAAAUGUAAGUGUGGAAGGUGCUGCGCCUGCGUCCGCAGAAUUGCCAAGGAGAUUAAAAAGAGCCUACACUGACCCAGUUAGGCAUUCUUUGAAUCGUCCCCACAGUGAAAAUAUCACAGCCAGCGAUAUAAACGCGAAAAUGCACAAUUUAAGGAUACACGAUCUGCGAAGCAGUACGCCAAAGCAGUCAGACGUAUCGAGCAGCGAAGACAGUGGGUUUGUGGGGGACCAGAGUGUAAAGAGUGGAAUCAUGAGGGAUGGGGGAGCCAAUAACGAUGACAGUGAUACCGAGACUGAUGAUUCUGUUAAGAAGCACUUGGAUUUUCAGGAUGACCUACAUAGAAACUUAUCAAAUUUUCUGACAACAACUCUGGAUGACAAGGAUCUCCAUGACAGUGACAGGAGUGAUGAUGAAACUUGUGUGCAAAAUGGCUAUGAUGUAUGUAUGGAUGGUGGGAAUGAGCAGAAUCACGCAAAAAGUGAAAGCGGGGAAAAUUCACUGAAAAAUAGUGUAAUUUUGGAGAAAAAUGAUAGUUGCAAUGACACAAAGCUUGAUCGGGAGUCUAAGCAAGGGUUAACAGUAAGAGAUAUACUUAAAAAGAAUGCAAUGCUAUUGACUAGUCCAGGGUUAAAGUCCCCGAGCGUAGACUCUAGUAGAUAUCACUCAGUUCGAGAAAGUGCCAAUAUAACUGUUAUCAAUUGUGGUGCUGAAAACAGACGAGUUAAUAGCGUACCCAGAGACAGCAUGACGUCGCUAGAUAGUGGUAUAAGUCAGACAGGCACUCUGUCAAUAUCCACAAUAUCAUCAAAGGGGUCCACUGGAAUACAGGACUCCCAGUCAACGCUGUAUUCUAAGGACACUGCAAGUAUCGAUGGACAUUCAGAUAAAGAGUUGGACAGAGAUGAAGUCACUGUUAUUGAACUCCUGAAAGAAGAGUACACACGCAGCUCUGUUCUGCCUUCUGAGUUUAAUCAGAGUGUCACAGACUUCAGCGAAUCUGGGGUGUCUGUUUCUGUAAUUUCCGUCCGAAAUAACCAAAAAGCGUCUAGUGAUUCCAAUUUACCGCAGUCAAUUGAACAUUUACAGGUAUCACAAGGUAGCCUGGACAAUAAGAAAUCUUCAGAGGUCAUGACGUCAUCUGCAUCGUUCCCAGACAUGUCACGCUUGGCUGAAUCACCAAAGAAAGACCAUCCGAAACUGGUGGAAAAAGUGCAACGAAAAACUAUUAAUUUCAUCGAAAUGAGGGAAAAUCUCAAAAGCAGGAUGAAAUAUCAGGGAAACUUGUACAGUGAAAAGCCAACAUUGGCUUCACAGAUUCCUUACUUUCACGUCCCAAACUCGACGGAUGAUGAAGACCAAAAAGGCUGUCAUCUUGUGGUCUGUGUGCAUGGACUAGAUGGUAACAGCGCAGAUCUUCGUCUUGUGAAGACAUACAUGGAGAUGUCACUGCCUGGUUACCGGCUCGAGUUCCUUAUGUCAGAGAGGAACCAGUCAGACACAUUCGCAGAUUUUGAUGUGAUGACAAAGCGACUUGUUGCAGAGGUUGUUAUUCACAUCGACAUGUACUCGCUGAAAGUUGCUCGUAUAAGUUUCAUCGGUCACUCUCUGGGCACUAUCAUCAUCAGGUCGGCGCUGACCCAUCAGGAUAUGUUCCCACUGCUGCCAAGGCUGCACACAUUCCUCUCCCUGUCUGGGCCUCACUUGGGGACUCUAUUCAACAGCAGCGGCCUCGUAAACAUGGGUAUGUGGUUCAUGCAGAAGUGGAAGAAGUCUGGCUCCCUGCUGCAGCUGUCAUUGAAGGACAGCACCGACCCCCGUGCCUCCUUCCUCUAUCAGCUCAGUCAGAAACCAGGUCUAGAAUUUUUCAAGCAUGUACUACUGGUCGGUUCGUCUCAGGACCGUUACGUCCCAUACCAUUCCUCUCGCAUAGAGAUGUGCAAAGCGGCUCAAAGGGACAGCACUGGACUAGGUUCAGUGUACGGUGAAAUGGUCGCCAACAUUCUUACGCCUAUCGUAAACAACCCGAAAUGCAAGCUCAUCCGUUACGACGUAUUCCACGCCCUGCCCAGCACUGCAAACACCAUCAUUGGUAGAGCCGCACAUAUUGCCGUCUUAGACUCGGAAAUCUUCAUCGAAAAAUUCCUUAUGGUGUGCGGACUUAAGUACUUCAAGUAGACACGUUUUUCAUAAGAAUUAAGUUAUUCUGGUUUAGCUUUUCUGUGGACCUCUGUACUGUCCAUAGUCAAGUUUUUUUUAUGAUUCAAGUUCUACAAAUAUGUAUAUUGUCGAAGGAAAAUUUUCAAAUGUGCUAAUUUUACGACUCUUAUCUUAGACUAAAGUGACUUAGUUCAAGUUUCUCUUACUGAACUCAGUUACUAGAAACAGACAGGUUUUUCUGUGGACCUUAGUGACAAAAACAGGCGUGUUUUUGUCUGUGGACUCAUGGACUUCAAAAAAUUACCAGUAUAUUUCGUGUUGACAUAAAUAUUUUAAAGAUCAUGUUUUGUAUGCGGACCUAAGUGCUACAAUCAACCAAGUUUUGUAUGUGGACAUAACUACUACAACCAACAAAGGUUUGUCUGUUGGCUCAAGUACUUCAAACAGCCAUGUCCUUGUAUGGAUUGGAUAUUUGAAAAGCAAAUGUUAUGUAUAUUCAAAUACUUGCAAUAGCCUUUUUUUCUAUUGACACUAUAACAGUUAAUAGACAAAUGUUUGGAAACGUGCACAAUAAAUAGCCUGUCUCUAGACUAGGAAUAAGCAUAUAACAGUAGAAUCUCAAUUGUCGUUUCUGUUCUGUAAUUAUUGUUUAUGUCAUUAUUUAUAUUCGUUGCUGUAUUACAUUUUGUAGUGAAAAUCAUAAAAUGGGCAUUUCAUUACUUCUUGAAUAAUUAAAUAUUGUUGUAAUACAAGUAAGUGAUUAUUUAUAUUUUUCAAACAUGAGCAUUUCAUGCUAGCUUUCAAGUAUCAUUUUAAUGCCUCAUUUGCUACAAAAUGAAAAAUGAAUUGUAAUUUAUAAACUUAAUGUCAAAGGUAUUGACAUGUAGAUUAAAUCAAUUUAAAAUUGCUAGAAUCAAGUUGUAUAGCCACAAGUACAUGUAUCAGUUUCUCAAAGUCUUAGAAUCUCAUAAAACGCUAAUAUGGCUCAAUAUCAAACUGGUUUGUGUUCUGUUAUCUGAGAAUUCUGUGGGGAGAAAUUUAAAUCUGUUCAAAAAUAGAAGUUUUAAAGUUGUAAUCUAACAUUUUCUCUCCGUUUUCUCUCUGUAUUAGAUACUUAAGAAGAGAGAUUUUCAUGCAAUUGAUUGCUUUGAAAGCCUGGCAUGAAGGCUGGUAAUUUAUCAAGUUACACUUGCUUGAUUGAAGUGAGCUAUAAAACUGGUAUAACAUUUUAUCAUCAACAUACUAGUUGCAGGGACCUUAUAGGUUUUUAACCAGGUUUUCCGAAGGAAAAAACUGGUUAUUAGAUUGGCGAAUGCGGGCGGGCUGGCUGGCUGGCUGGCUGGCGGAAUAAGCUUGUCCGGACCAUAACUAUGUCGUUCAUUGUCAGAUUUUAAAAUCAUUUGGCACAUUUGUUCACCAUCAUUGGACGGUGUGUCGCGCGAAAUAAUUACGUCGAUAUCUCCAAGGUCAAGGUCACACUUUGAGUUCAAAGGUCAAAAAUGGCCAUAAAUGAGCUUGUCCGAGCCAUAACUAUGUCGUUCAUCGUCAGAUUUUAAAAUCAUUUGGCACAUUUGUUCACCAUCAUUGGACGGUGUGUCGCGCGAAAUAAUUACGUCGAUAUCUCCAAGGUCAAGGUCACACUUUGAGUUCAAAGGUCAAAAAUGGCCAUAAAUGAGCUUGUCCUGGCCAUAACUAUGUCAUUCAUUGUGAGAUUUUAAAAUCAUUUGGCACAUUUGUUCACCAUCAUGGGACGGUGUGUCCCACGAAAGAAUCACGUCAAUAUCUCCAAUGUCAAGGUCGCCACGACUAAAAAUAGAUUUAAAAAAAAAAAAAAAUUACAAAGGGGGUUAAUUUUUUUUGGUCAUUUCAAAAGUU